AUGCACGCCGCAGUCACCCCAAAAGCUUCAUCAUCAGCUCUUAGAAUCCUCAGAAGGGACUUUACUCGAGUGUCAUCUUGUCGACGGCUCGUAACGGUUGUAGCUGGUGCUGGCCCCGUUGCCGGCAAAAGCUCAUCGUCACCGUGCAGGAAGGCUAGCAUUUCUCUAUCUAGACCUUCCACCUUGCAACAUAUCAUAUCAUAUACACGUACACCGAGGCAACAUCUUCGCAGGUCAUAUACUACAACAGCAACCGGCGCAGCACCAUCAUCUCCCGACACUUCCCCCACCCAACACGAAUAUGAACCAGAACCAGAGUCAGAAAUAAAUCCCAUAACAUUCGCUGACCCUCAUCGCCCCGACCUGUUCUACCAUUACACUCCCGCUCCAACGCCACUCUCACGCGUGCUCCCGGCCUUCGCCCUGUCAUAUUUGGAUGCUCUUCCCCCUGCUAGUGCUGCUGGCGGGGAGGGCUCCGAAGCAGUGAUUGGAUGGCUUCCCGCACAGACGAUUGUUGAAGGAGAAGUGGAGGGAGAGGCAAUACAGGGAGAGGGGCAGGGUUCAACAUUGGACGAUUUCAUGGGGAACGACAAAUUUCUCUCCUUCCUGCACGCCACCAUCCAAACUGCACUUGAGCAGGGACAAGACGAUAUUUGGAGAGAUGCCGCUAUUGCCCAUGGGAAUGGCUGGAUGCACAUUGGCGAUCAGCGGAAUAUUCCAGCACUAGGACGCGUCGGUGAUCCAGACGACAUAUUAGCAUCUGUGCUCGUACAGGAUGGAAAGAUUGUACCAGGCACAUACCAAGCCAUGCCUUCAUACCGGAUAUGCACCGUCGAUGGGGUGUUGCAGCUCACUCCCGGACUCGCCGGAUGUCUUAAGGAAGCCUUGGCCCAGUCUUGGGCCGCCGCCGCUGCUGCUGAUGCAGACCAGGCGUAA